CCCCCCGCAGCCUUAUCGCCGCCCUCGGACCCUCAAUCGAGUGUUGGAUUUACAGUUCAGGACGCCGCCGUGGCGCCGGACCGCUCUCAGCAGGACUCAGACCCGUCUGAUGGCCAGGCUAAAGAGCUGUCGGGAAACGCCGCCGAGCUCGCCGCCGCCGCUGGAAUACAGGCGGUGAAUUCCGUGGAAGCAGUUGAGCGCGUUGAAGUGCUCUUUGAAACACAACCUCAUCCAGAAGUACUUGAGACCCCGACCGCGAAGGAGGCGCCGUCUGGAUUCUACCCCGGCGCUCCCGGCAGCCCCCUCCAGACCGACGGCGCCGCCAAGCCCGCCGACGGCCCAGCCCUGUUCGACGGCGGCCUGGUGGUGUCGCUGCAGCCGGGGGGCGUGGUCAAGGCCGAGCCGUCCGGCUCCAUCGCGGAGCUGGUGCGCUCGGCUGACGCUCGGGAGAUCGUGGUGGUCCGGGAGGAGGCGCACAUCGGCGGCGCCUGGACCAACGUGCACCUCAACCAGAGCUACCUGCUGCAGCGCGAGGACGGCAGCGUGUGCCAGGCCGCCAUCGAGCUGGCCGCCGGCGCCGUGCAGGCCGAGGUGGAGCUGGACUCGCAGCCCAUGGAGGUGUACGAGUUCUGCGGGCUGGUGGAGGAGGUUGCCGAGGAGACGGUGUGCGGCGGCGGCGACGCGCAGAUCCCCCACUCGCCGGGCUACGAGGUGAACCUGUUCAACGCGCUGCUGGAGAGUUCGGACGAGUUCACGGUCAAGGAGGACCUGGAGGGAGACACCAUCAUCAUCUCCCAGCAGGCCCUGCCUCCGGGGAGCGGCGCCGCUCAGACCGACGGCGACGCCCACGGCCUGCAGGCGGCGGUGGAGCAGCACCUGCUGCUGGACCAGGCGGUGGAGGUGGCGCACGCCGGCCAGGUCUGCGUGGUGGAAGUCGCCACUGUCGCCAUCGACCACACGGACAGCGGCGAGCCAACGGUGGCGCUCUGCUCUGGGACGGCUUCUCCCUCGGCCCCUGAGGGAGCGGGACCCGGCGAGCCCGUCUCGGUUCUCCCGCCCCUCCUCCACCAGCCGCCCGAGGUUUGCGUUUCUUCUCAUGAUGGGACCAAAGAAGCUCCCGCCGCGGCCGCCACGCAGUCACCGAGUGUCCAAACCACGGCUGGCGAGUCCACGGCGGCGCCUGCCGGCAUCGACCCGACGCGCCUCCUCCUCCGACCAGGAGAAACCCCCCUGCUCCAGGUCCCCGCUUCGCUUCUGGCUCACGUGAGCAAACAGCAGAGCGCCGCCGGAACGCUAGCCAACGCCCACAGCUCCGGCACGGCGCCCGAGGAGUGCCUUCCCCCUGCCGCCGCUCCCGCCGCCGCCGCAGCCUCAGAUCGGGCGCCGUGCAGCCAAACGGCAGCGAGCGGGAGCGCGCUCCUUCAGCUCCAUCAAACCUCCGAGGCCUUAACCGUCGCCGCUCCGGACGCCGCCGCGCCGCCGACCCGCACGGCCGCCAGUCCGCCCCACGACCACGACAGCCGCGGCGACUCCUUCUCCGGCGACGAGGAGUGCGAGGACAUGGAGCAGGACGAGGCGGGGCGGGACGCCGAGGCCCGGGACGCCCGCUCGGGUCGGGCCAGCAGCCCGGAGGAAGGCAGCGACGACGAGCACGACGCCGACAAGAGCGAGACGAGCUCGCCGCUGAAGGUUCGCCAGUGGAUCGCAGACAGAGUCUCCAGCAAGUCGUCCCCGGUCUCGCCCUCCACCUCCGCCGCCGGCUACCCGGGCCCCUCCCACUCCCACUCCCUGUCCCUGUCCCCGUCCCCGGGCCCGUCCGACUGGUCCACGCCUCGGCGGGAGAAGUCGUCCCCCCUGCGGGGUCCUCACGGGAAGUUCGUGUCUCCGUCCUCUCUGGGAGGCUACAGCUCCGCCUCCUCGCCGAGCGACCAGAGCACGCCGCAGCGGCCCCGCGGCGAGCGCCACACCGACAUGGCGGAGCUGGCCAAACACGAAGCCGACAUCGAGCAUCGAACCCAGGCCCUGAAGCGGGAGGGCUUCUGGUCGACCAAGCGCCUCACCCGCCUGACGGAGCCGCAGAGGCCCAAGGUGCACUGGGACUACCUGUGUGAGGAGAUGCAGUGGCUGUCGGCCGACUUCGCUCAGGAGCGGCGCUGGAAGAGGGGCGUGGCGAGGAAGGUGGUCCGGAUGGUGAUGAGGCACCACGAGGAUCUGAGGCAGAAGGAGGAGAAGGCCAAGCGGGACGAGCACGCCAAAAUCCGGAGGGUGGCCUCUUCCAUCGCCAAGGAGGUCCGGGCGUUCUGGAGCAACGUGGAGAAGGUGGUUCAGUACAAGCAGCAGUCCAGGCUGGAGGAGAAGCGGAAGAAGGCCCUGGACCUGCAGCUGGACUUCAUCGUGGGCCAGACGGAGAAAUACUCGGACCUGCUCAGCAAGUCGCUGGCGCCCAGCAGACCCGCCGACGCCGCGCCGGCGGCGCAGAACUCGGCGCCGCCCGCCGCGGACGAGGACGACAGAGACUUCGAGCCUCCGGGCGAGGAGGAGGACGACGAGGAGACGAUCGAGGUGGAGGAGCAGCAGGAGGGCAACGACGCCGAGACGCACCGGCGGGAGAUCGAGCUGCUGAAGGAGGAAGGCCUGCUGCCUCUGGACCAGCUGAUCAGCACCCUCAAACUGCCUCAGGACCAGCGCUCGGAGGAGGAGUGCUCCGAGGAGACGUCCUCGUCGGCGGAGGAGGAGGAGGAGCGGAAGGAGGAGGACGAGGACGGGGAAUUCACCGCCAACGAGGAGGACGCGGAGGACGAGGAGGACACCAUCGCCGCUCAGGAGAAGGUGGAGGGAAACGUGAACCACGCAGAGGAGCUGGACGACCUGGCCAGAGAAGGAGACAUGAGCAUGGAGGAGCUGCUGGAGAAGUACAGAGGAGCCUACGCCUCUGACUUCGAGGCGCCGUCGGCCUCGGCCUCCGGCUCCAAGGCCAGCUCCGACAUGGAGGACUCCGGCGACGAGGAGGCGGAGAGCGAAGAGGACGAGAGCGACGUGGAGAGCAACUCGUCUUCCUCAGAUUCGGCAGGAGACAGCGCCGAGGACGAGAGUGAGAAGGAGGAAGGGGAGAGCGAGGAGGACGAGGGUGGGGACGAAGGCAUGGAGGUCCUGCUGAAGGAGGGGGACCACAGCCCUCCGUCCUCCGGCUCUCGGCCCAAGAAGGAGAUCAGCCACAUCGCCGCCACGGCGGAGAGUCUGCAGCCCAAAGGCUACACGCUGGCCACCACCAAGGUGAAGACCCCCAUCCCCUUCCUGCUCCACGGCACCUUGCGAGAGUACCAGCACAUCGGUCUGGACUGGCUGGUCACCAUGUACGAGAAGAAGCUCAACGGCAUCCUGGCCGACGAGAUGGGUCUGGGUAAGACCAUCCAGACCAUCGCCCUGCUGGCCCACCUCGCCUGUGAGAAGGGGAACUGGGGUCCUCACCUCAUCAUCGUGCCCACCAGCGUGAUGCUGAACUGGGAGAUGGAGCUGAAGCGCUGGUGUCCGGGCUUCAAGAUCCUCACGUACUUCGGCAGCCAGAAGGAGAGGAAGCUGAAGAGACAGGGCUGGACGAAGCCCAACGCCUUCCACGUGUGCAUCACCUCGUACAAGCUGGUUCUGCAGGACCAUCAGGCCUUCAGGAGGAAGUCCUGGCGCUACCUGAUCCUGGAUGAGGCCCAGAACAUCAAGAACUUCAAGUCCCAGCGCUGGCAGAGUCUGCUGAACUUCAACAGUCACCGGCGGCUGCUGCUCACCGGGACGCCGCUGCAGAACAGCCUGAUGGAGCUGUGGUCCCUCAUGCACUUCCUGAUGCCGCACGUCUUCCAGUCGCACCGCGAGUUCAAGGAGUGGUUCUCCAACCCGCUGACGGGGAUGAUCGAGGGCAGCCAGGAGUACAACGAGGGCCUGGUCAAGCGGCUGCACAAGGUGCUGCGGCCCUUCCUGCUGCGCCGGAUCAAGGUGGACGUGGAGAAGCAGAUGCCCAAGAAGUACGAGCACGUGGUGCGCUGCCGCCUCUCCAAGAGGCAGCGCUUCCUCUACGACGACUUCAUGGCGCAGGCGUCGACCAGGGAGACGCUGGCCAGCGGACACUUCAUGUCCGUCAUCAACAUCCUCAUGCAGCUGCGCAAAGUGUGCAACCACCCCAACCUGUUCGACCCGCGGCCCAUCCAGUCGCCCUUCAUCACGCAGCCCAUCAUCUUCCACACCGCCUCGCUGGUGCAGGACGCGCUGGACGUCUGUCCUCUCAAGCGCUGCGACCUCUCCAUGUUCCACCUGGUCGCCCUGGAGCGCCGCGUGUCCCGCUACCAGGCCGACGUCUUCCUGCCGCGCCACAAGGUCAGCCGGCAGCUGAUCCAGGAGAUCGUGGAGUCGCCCGAGCCCCCCCCGAGGCCCCGACCGGUCCGCAUGAAGGUCAACAGGAUGUUCCAGCCUCCUCCUAAAGGCGACAACCGACCGGUGCUCCUGAUGAACAAACCAACCUGCUCCGUCGCUCCCGCCGCUCAGACCCCGAAGCCGCCGCCCGUCACAGAGGUGGCGCCCACACCCGCUCCGCCUCCCGUCGUUCAGCAAGUGGUGUGCUCGGUGGCGACGGCGCCUCCUCCCCGCCCCUCCCUGAACCCCGCCUCCCAGACCGCGGUCAGAUCCAGCGCUCCCAAGCCGGUGCUGACCGUCCGGCCCCCCGCCGGCCCCUGCGUGGCCGGCGUGCCCGCCCACCCCAGCCCCAACCCGGGCGCCGUCCUGCCCCAGAGGGUCCUGCUCAGCCCGGACAUGCAGGCCAGGCUCCCCUCUGGGGAGGUGGUCAGCAUCGCCCAGCUGGCCUCGCUGGCGGGCCGCCCGGUGUCUUCCUGUCAGGGCAGCAAGCCGGUCACCUUCCAGCUGCAGGGCAACAAGCUGACGCUGUCUGGAGCUCAGAUCCACCAGGUCCCGGCGGCGGCGCCGCGCCCCCUCCAGGGUAACGUGAUGCACCUGGUGUCCAGCGGCGUCCAGCAUCACCUCAUCAGCCAGCCGGCGCAGGUGACGGUCCAGACCGCCACCAACACGCACGCCGUGAACACCGCCGCCCCUUCUGCAAACCGCCUGCCGCACAACGCCGCCGCUCAGGUGCCCUCGUCCAUGGUGAGCAGCCCCGGUGUGGUGAAGAUCGUUGUGCGUCAGUCAACAGGCAAGGAGGGCGGCGCCGUGCCCACCCUGGCCGUGGCCCCGUCCCCCCGCGUCACCCCCCAGGUCCCCCCCUCCCUCCACCCCCACGCCAGCACCACCCCCAUCCGGACCGUUGCUCCCCUGCAGAUCACCCAGCGCACCUCCGGCCCCGCCACCGCCCACUACACCAUAGCUCCUCCCAGAAUCCCCGGCUCCGCCUCCAGCCAGCCCCAGCCCCCCCGCCCUGUCCUCAAAGUAGUGCAGCCCCCCCCUCCUCCUCCUCCUCCUCCUCCUCCUCCGACAGGUGUGGAGCAGCCAGCUUCCACCCCGGUGACGUCGUCCUCGUCUGUGUCCAAGUCUUCAUUGACGCCGCGGGACGGCAGCAGCAGUCAGACCGCCGUCACCCCCAAGUCCAGGCCCGGCGUGGGAGCGAAGGCCGGCCCCCCUCCCAGGAGAGUUCCCCGUCCGCCUCCACGCUCUCCGUUCCACAUGGAGUGGCUGUCCGACAGCCUGAAGCAGCAGCAGGACAGCCGUCUGGACUUCAUCUUCGGGGUGAACGAGCGCCGCUGCGGCGCCCGACCGCUGUACGGCCGCGAGGUUCUGGACUUCCUGACCUUCCUGCCGGGCUCUCGGCCCUCGCCGGCGCCCCCGCGGCCCGAGGCGGACUGGGGCCGCUCGGGCCACAGCAGCUGCCUGUUGGCUCAGGCGCAGAACCGGCCGGACCUGUGGCGGCAGAGCGCCGCCGUCAGAGAGGCCAUUCACGGCGUGGAGGACCGGCUGGAGCUGCUGGCGGACGUCAUCGACAGGUUCACCUUCGCGAUCCCCCCGGUGGAGGCUCCGCCCAUCUCCAUGCACUGCUGCCACCCUCCUCCGUCGCUGAGCCACAAGCAGGCCGUCUUCUCCGCCAUGCUGGCCGCGGAGGCGGCGCCGCUCACCGGCAGCCUCCAUCGCAUCCAGUGUUACAUGAGGACGCAGUUCCCCGACCUGCGGCUCAUCCAGUACGACUGCGGGAAGCUCCAGACCCUCCACACGCUGCUGAGGAAGCUGAAGACCGGCGGCCACCGGGUGCUCAUCUUCACCCAGAUGACGCGCAUGCUGGACGUGCUGGAGCAGUUCCUCAACUACCACGGACACAUCUACCUGCGUCUGGACGGCAGCACGCGGGUGGAGCAGAGACAGGCCCUCAUGGAGCGCUUCAACGCGGACCGACGCAUCUUCUGCUUCAUCCUGUCCACCCGCAGCGGCGGCGUGGGCGUCAACCUGACCGGCGCCGACACCGUGGUCUUCUACGACAGCGACUGGAACCCCACCAUGGACGCCCAGGCUCAGGACCGCUGCCACCGCAUCGGGCAGACCAGGGACGUCCACAUCUACAGACUGAUCAGCGAGCGCACGGUGGAGGAGAACAUCUUGAAGAAAGCCAACCAGAAGAGGAUGCUGGGAGAUAUGGCCAUCGAAGGAGGAAACUUCACCACUGCCUUUUUCAAACAGCAAACGAUCCGCGAGCUGUUCGACAUGAACGACGGCGAGAAGCGAGAGGCUGCGGUGGAGCUGUCGCUGCCUCACGGCGAGGAGGAGGAGGGAGUCAACAAGCAGAGCACCACCAUCCUGGAGCAGGCGCUGUGCCGCGCCGAGGACGAGGAGGACAUCGUGGCCGCCUCGCAGGCCAAAGCCGAGCAGGUGGCCGAGCUGGCGGAGUUCAACGAGAACAUCCCUCUGGACGACGGCGGCGAGCAGGAGGAGGUGGAGGAGCUCUCCAAAGCUGAGCAGGAGAUCGCCGCCCUGGUGGAGCAGCUCACUCCCAUCGAACGCUACGCCAUGAACUUCCUGGAAGCCUCACUGGAGGAUGUGUGCAAAGAGGAGCUGAAGCAGGCAGAGGAGCAGGUGGAGGCUGCCAGGAAAGGCCUGGAUCAGGCCAAAGAGGAAGGCCUAAAGCUCCACGCGUCAUCUGACGACGAUGACGACGACUUCCUGUCGAGGCCCAGCUCUGCAGAGCCGGCUCAGCCGCCUCCUUCCCGCCGCGGCCGCAAACCCAAAGACAAGACCGUGACCUCCACGAGGACCAGCGGCCGGCUCCGCGGAGCCUCGCCCGACAUAGAGCCGGAGCCCACAACCCCCAGAGAAGUGCCUGAAAGACUCCGUGGUCUGAGAGGACGAGGGGCCGCCAAAGACACCAGCGCCGUGUCUACCACCCCGUCACACCCCAGAACCUCCUCCUCGGCCAGGCUCCAAGACUCCAAGUCCUCAAAGGCGUCCUCGCCAGCCAGAGAUCACCACACCGUCAAAACCAGGACUCAACCAAACCGGACCCAUCCCAAUCCAGUGCCUUCCCCUGCUACCACCUCCCCCCCUGCAGGGAAACAUCCCACUGGUGGAGAGACUGACGGCAAGAACUCCAAAGCUGGUCGGGACGACAAGGACAUCGAGAGGAGGGUUUCUGAGUCCUCGCUGGACUCCAGCUGCCCUGUGGACCAUCAGACAAAAGAUGAGGACAGUAAAGACCACAGCGCCAUGUCUCCUCCCUCGACCAGCUCCCGAUCGCCUCGUAAACGCCAGUCUGCUGAUGAUGAAGUCCUGCGAGGCCUGGUGGAAGACUCUCCGUCGGCCAAAGUCCUGCGGAAGCUCCCAGGGCCGUCUGGUCACUGUGGUGGAGGAGAAGGAGCCGAGGCGGCGGCGGCGGCGGGGAAGCGGCACUGGAGGCUCUUUGGAGGAGGCGGCAGCAGAAGAGAGCGCCGACGAACCGAACAAAGACAACACGCCCCUGAGCUCUGACGGCAAAACUAAAGCGACUGUUACCAAAUCCCCUCAGGGCCAGGACCCCACCCCUAGUCCAUCGGUCAUCCCACAGCCCGUCAGAAGCUAUCCGCCCUACUCCCCGCCUCACCUUUCCCCCGACAUGCCUGUGCUGAGAAAUCUCCCUGUGCGCCGGAGGCUGGAAACUGAAUCCCGCAUGGCGGCUCAGCUCGGAGAGCAGCAGCACCACCAUCUGGGACGAGGACGAGGAGGAAACCAGUCCAAGAAAACGGACUCUGUGCCUGGAAAAGAGGCCCCGUCAGGCACCACGGAGUCCGGCUUGAAUUCUCUUGUAACACCAUUGAAAAGAAAAAGGGGCCGGCCCCCUAAGACUUCUCAGAGAGUAAUGGAGUCUGACAACAUGGUCAGCCCCAUGCUCACUUCGCCAUGCGAGGAAGAGAAGCCCCCUCAGUCCCCGAAACGAAAGAGGGGUCGUCCCCGCAAAGACUCGGUAACAGUAUCCGACGCUGCUGGUGAAGGACGCAACUCUGAAGCGUCUGCUGUAUCAAAACUUGAACUGAGCUCAGAUUCAGUCUUGUCUGAGACCCCGACCCCCGUUGCUGCCAACACAAACACAACCUCGCCGUCAACCAAAGCCGAGGAAACGGACACUAAGAGUGGGAGUUCCAUUGUUGCUCCCAAUCAAGCACUCAUAAUUAAGACGGGUGAAGCUAGUAAACCUGUUUCAACUUCAAUCCAGGCCCCAGCUACACUUGAACUUUCUCCCAUUCCUACCUCCGCUCAGAUUGUCAGUUCAGCUCAAGAUGCACAGGCUUCUACUUCUUCUGUCCCGCUGUCCUCAUGCACCACUGUUCCACUCACUACCACCUCUCUGUCGCCAUCCACCAGUAUCGUGUCCUCUACCACUCCAACUGUUGGGGUUACCACUGCUUCUGAAGCUGCUGUUGAGCCAGUCUCCUCAACUCUGACUGUGAAAACGACGGGACGAGACUCGAACUUUGCCAAAUCCACCGCAGUUGCUACACCGGCUGCUCCCACUCCAUCUGCUGUGACUGACAAAGCUGCGUUGACAGAGACUUCUGCAGCAGAUUCAGGGGUGAUGAAACCAGCCACCACUACAGUGAAAUCACUCACAGCUAAAACUGCUGCUGACGGCAAUCCAGCGCAGUCCUCUGUGGCGUCCGCUGCAACCACAACUCAUGCCGUCGCCAAGGCAUCUUCCACGUCACUGAG